CCUCCAUCCCGGCCCCAGCGGCAGAGGCAGCGGUGUCGCCGGGCCGGCUCUGGACACAGAACCAGGUUCGUGGAGCCCGUAUAGCACGUCCUGAGCGCGCCUGCCCCUCUGUCCACCGGAUCCACGACCUCCUGCCUCCCCACUCCAGGGCCCAGCCCCGUCUCUGGUUUUGGCUGGGCUCCUGCCGUGGUCAGGCGGACAGUCGGAGGGCCAGCUCUGCGAAGGCACAGGACAGACCUGCUGAGGUGACGGAGGAGGAAGAGGAGGAGGAGGAGGAGGGGGAGGAGGAGGAGAGAAGAAGAAGAAGACUGAGGAGAGAGCUGGGCAGGGGCUGUGGCUUGGCCUGGGAGACAUGCAAUUGGUGACAGAGCCGAGCACACAGAAGGCGGACCAGAGAUGCAGGUAAGCAAGAGGAUGCUGUCAGGGGGUGAGAAGAGCAUGCCCAGCCCCCUCCUGGCCUGCUGGCAGCCCAUCCUCCUGCUGGUGCUGGGCUCGGUCCUGUCAGGCUCAGCCACAGGCUGCCCACCCCGCUGCGAGUGCUCUGCCCAGGAUCGAGCGGUGCUCUGCCACCGCAAGCGCUUUGUGGCCGUGCCCGAGGGCAUCCCCACCGAGACUCGCCUGCUGGACCUGGGCAAGAAUCGCAUCAAAACGCUCAACCAGGAUGAGUUUGCCAGCUUCCCACACCUGGAAGCACUGGAGCUCAAUGAGAACAUUGUGAGCACUGUGGAGCCUGGCGCCUUCAACAACCUCUUCAGCCUCCGAACACUGGGGCUCCGCAGCAACCGUCUGAAGCUCAUCCCCCUGGGUGUCUUCACUGGCCUCAGUAACCUGACCAAGCUGGACAUCAGCGAGAACAAGAUCGUCAUCCUGCUGGACUACAUGUUCCAGGACCUGUACAACCUAAAGUCACUGGAGGUUGGUGACAACGACCUUGUCUACAUAUCCCAUCGAGCCUUCAGUGGCCUCAACAGCCUGGAGCAGCUGACACUGGAGAAAUGCAACCUGACCUCCAUCCCCACUGAGGCACUGUCCCACCUACACGGUCUCAUCAUCCUGAGGCUCCGGCACCUCAACAUCAAUGCCAUCCGGGACUAUUCCUUCAAGAGGUUGUACCGGCUCAAGGUCUUGGAGAUCUCCCACUGGCCGUAUCUGGACACCAUGACACCCAACUGCCUCUAUGGUCUCAAUCUGACAUCCCUAUCCAUCACGCACUGCAAUCUGACUGCUGUGCCCUACCUGGCUGUGCGCCACCUGGUCUAUCUCCGCUUCCUCAACCUCUCCUACAACCCCAUCAGCACCAUUGAGGGCUCCAUGUUACAUGAGCUGCUACGGCUGCAGGAGAUCCAGCUGGUAGGUGGGCAGCUGGCUAUGGUGGAGCCCUAUGCCUUUCGCGGCCUCAACUACCUGCGUGUGCUCAAUGUCUCUGGCAACCAGCUGACCACACUGGAGGAGUCCGCCUUCCACUCGGUGGGCAACCUGGAGACGCUCAUCCUGGACUCCAACCCACUGGCCUGCGACUGCCGGCUUCUGUGGGUAUUCCGGCGCCGCUGGCGGCUCAACUUCAACCGGCAGCAGCCCAUGUGUGCCACGCCUGAGUUUGUCCAGGGCAAGGAGUUCAAGGACUUCCCCGAUGUGCUCCUUCCCAACUACUUCACUUGCCGCCGUGCCCGCAUCCGGGACCGCAAGGCCCAACAGGUAUUUGUGGAUGAGGGCCACACGGUGCAGUUUGUGUGCCGGGCCGAUGGAGACCCGCCUCCCACCAUCCUCUGGCUAUCACCCCGCAAGCACUUGGUCUCUGCCAAGAGCAAUGGGCGGCUCACAGUCUUCCCUGAUGGCACACUGGAGGUACGCUAUGCCCAGGUACAGGACAAUGGCACGUACCUGUGCAUUGCAGCCAACGCAGGCGGCAACGACUCCAUGCCCGCCCACUUGCAUGUACGCAGCUACUCACCUGAUUGGCCCCAUCAGCCCAACAAGACCUUCGCCUUCAUUUCCAACCAGCCGGGUGAGGGAGAGGCCAAUAGCACCCGAUCCACCGUGCCUUUUCCCUUCGACAUCAAGACCCUCAUUAUUGCCACCACCAUGGGCUUCAUCUCCUUCCUGGGCGUUGUACUUUUCUGCCUGGUGCUUCUGUUUCUCUGGAGCCGGGGCAAGGGCAACACAAAACACAACAUCGAGAUUGAGUACGUGCCACGCAAGUCAGACGCGGGCAUCAGCUCCACCGAUGCACCCCGAAAAUUCAACAUGAAGAUGAUAUGAGCAUGGGUCGGGAUUCCCUCCCUGGUCCUGUGCCACCCAUCCCUGCCCCUUCUCCUGUGUUCGACUGCCCCACUGGCCCUCACCACCUCCCUUCUUUCUACCAGGACCUCAGAAGUUGGGCCUGGGGAACCCACAGCACAUAUGGACAGACUGAAAUCAGAAGCUGAUGAACAUGCAGCAGUCAAUAAUUCAAUUUAAAAAGUUACAAACUUCCUCUGUAACUUGGGUUUCAAUAAUUAUGGAUUUUUAUGAAAACUUGAAAUAAUAAAAAGAGAAAAAACUAUUUCCUAUAGUUAGUUGGAAUGCAAACUUUUGACAUCCUGAUUGCUUCAGGGCCCUCUUUCAACUCAGUUUCUUGUUUUUCUUCUCCUCUUCCUCCUUUUUCUUCUCUUCCCCUAUGGGGAGGGAUCACUCAGGAAAACAGGAAAGGAGGUUCCAGCCCCAUCUGCCCACCCUGCCAGGUCAACCUGAAGAACAGGCAGGGUGGAGGGCGUGAGCCUACUUCCCAGCUGGCUGUUUGCUGGGAGCAGGUGGUGGGGACAGGGCUGCCAGACAGGAGCAGGGCUGUCUGACCUCUGUUCCCCAGCGUCAGGUGUGGCUGAUACUGUGGACAAAGGCUGGGGUCCUCCUGGAGGACAGCACAGUCAGCCGAGAGAGCCGGGGGCUGGAGGCAGGGACGAGGCCUAACUUCUGGUCCCAGCUGUCCCACUUACUUGCCCUGUGGCCAAAAACAGGUGACUGUCCCUCUCCGGGCCUCAGUCUCUACAUCUAGACAGAUGGAAGAGGUACUCCCUGUCCUGCCUACCUCACAGGGCUGUUGUGAGGAAUCGAUGAACUGUAUGUGAAACAUUUUGUAACCUGUAAAGUGCUGUGCACA